GGAGGCAGAGAGCGCAGAGUCGGCAUUGAGGUGACAGACAGAGAAGGCGCGGGAAGAGGCUUUGUCCCCAGUGACUAGAGGCGGUGCUAUAGUCGGGCACAUCGCCGCUUGCGGGGCCGGUCUGGAGACGUUGGUGCCCGGUCCGUUCGGGACGCUCGGCUGUCCCCUCUCUGCCCCGGCUUGUGGCUCAGGCGGCGCCGAGGGACCCGCCUCAGGUUUCCAUGGCUGCAGAAGUGCUUUUGGAACCUAGUCAGGGAAGUGUGACCUUUGAGGAUGUGGCCCUGUAUUUCUCCUGGGAGGAAUGGGCUCUCCUUGAUGAGGCUCAGAGAUGCCUGUACCACGAUGUGAUGCUGGAGAAUUUUGCACUUACAUCUUCAUUGGGCUGUUGGCAUGAAGUGGAAGAUAAGGAAGCAUCUCCUGAACAGAGCAUUUCUGUAGAAGGAGUGUCACAGAUCAGGACUCUUAAAGCAAUUUCAUCUCCCCAGAAGGCCCAGCCCUUUGAGAUAUGGGGCCCAAUCUUGAGAGAUAUUUUGCACUUGCCUGAGCACCAGGGAAUGCAUCUUGGGCAGAAACCAUACACAUGUGGGAAUCGGUUUUAUUUCACUGCCAACCUUCAGCAGUACCAGGGGCAGCAUAUUGGAAAGAUACCCAUCAGAAGUUCUGCGGACCAAGACUUGUAUAUAAAGAGUUGCACAACCCACUUGUCAGGGAAAUCCAUUAUGUGUGUGGAGAUUGCAAAGGACUUCUUAGCCAGCAUGGGAUUUUUCCAUCAACAGGUCAUUCACACUGAGGAGAAGCCAAACAACAGUAAUGAGUGUGAGGCUGUCUUUCACAGUGGAAAAAAGCAUCAGAACUGGGGAGAAGGCAAAAAAAAAGCCCUCAACUGCACAGACACACUUGUUGAGGCCCAAGGAGUCCUCACUAGAGAAGGGCUUUACGAGUGCAGCAAAUGUGGAAAAGCCUGUACCCGAAGAUGUAACCUCAUUCAGCACCAGAAAGUCCACGCUGGAGAAAGGCCUUAUGAAUGCCAUGAAUGUGGAAAAUUCUUUACCUACCUUUCCAGCUUCAUUAUACAUCAGAGAGUUCACACUGGAGAAAGGCCUUAUGAGUGCAGUGAAUGUGGGAAAUCCUUUAGCCAGAGCUAUAGCCUCAAUAGCCAUAGGAAAGUUCACACAGGAGAAAAACCUUAUGAGUGCAGGGAAUGUGGGAAGUCUUUUAGUCAAAGAUCUAACCUCAUUCAACAUCAGAGAAUUCACACCGGAGAAAGGCCUUAUGAGUGCAGCGAAUGUGGGAAAUCCUUUAGCCAAAACUUUAGCCUCAUUUACCACCAGAGAGUUCACACUGGAGAACGGCCUCAUCAGUGCGGUGAGUGUGGGAAAUCCUUUAGCCGAAGCUCUAGCCUCAUUCACCACAGGAGACUUCAUACUGGAGAAAGGCCUUACGAGUGCAGUAAAUGUGGGAAAUCCUUUAAGCAAAGCUCCAGCUUUAGUUCACAUCGGAAAGUCCACACAGGAGAAAGGCCCUAUGAGUGUGGGGACUGUGGAAAAUCAUUUAGCCAUAGUUCCAACCUCAAGAACCACUGGAGAGUUCACACUGGAGAAAGGCCUAUUGAGUGCAGUGAAUGUGGGAAAUCAUUUAGCUGCAAAUCUAACCUCGUUAAACACCUGAGAGUCCACACAGGAGAAAGGCCGUAUGAGUGUGGGGACUGUGGAAAAUCCUUUAGCCAAAGUUCCAGCCUCAUUCAGCACCAGAGAGUUCACACUGGAAAAAGGUCCUGAGUGCAGUGAAUGUUGGAAAAAAUUUUCAGCUGCAAAUAUAACCUCAUUCAACACGAGAGGCUUCACACUAGUGAAGGGCCAUAGGUAGCUGGGAUGUGCAGUUUCCUUCUAGUAUAAUUACACUGGAGGAGAGAAGUUGUGAGGGAGCCAUUUACGUGAAUUAAAGCCCAUACAUCCAAAAAUCUGCAGCGGGGAGACUGCCCUAAAAUCCCAGUUAUGUAGGAAUCUUUAAGGAGCUCUGUUAUACUUUAUUUCCUGCCAGGCUCUUUCUAGCUUUAUGUCACUGCCAGUGUGGCAGAAUUCAUUUCACCUGUGUUACCCGGCAGGUUCACACAAUGUGCAAAAGUUACCUCCCAACAUGUUCAGGGAAGCUGACUUCUGCCCCAUCCCUGUUUGCGGGGGAAGUAAUGAGUAGUCUUAGCUCUUGUGGGAUCUUCAUUCCCUUCCCAUUUCCAAAGUAGGGCCUGGACCCGACCCAGUUUGGGCCCAGUGGACCCAGUCUGAGUUCUAUUGGUGACUUGCCAGGAAGGACUGCAUUUUCAGGGACAUGUUAGUUUAUGGUGACACUUCUCUUGGAUUUUCCCAGCCUCUGAGUCACCAAGCUGGGAACUGCAUGCCUCCUAUUGCUCUGCAUUUUGCAAUAAUAAAGGCAUUAAUGUUUAAGCCAC